AUGAAGUCAUUAUUCAAACCAAAGACUAUCACUACUACUGCCGAGAACAACUCCCUAUAUCCCACAACCUCAUCCAGUUCAUCGGCAUCUGUUAUAGUACAUCCAACAUCCACAUCAAACCAGUAUCAGCACUGUUUUAUCAAAAAUGGACAGCUAAAGAGAAGUGGAAGUGGUAACAGUAGCUAUUACAGCAAUGGCAAGAACAACAACAGCAGUGAGAAACAACUGAGUAGACCCAGUAUACCUACUCGUACAUCCUCAUUUUUAACUAAAUUGAAAUCCACAGCCAAGAGAGUCAGAUCUAAUGAUAGUGGGACAACUGCUACAACAAUAACGUCAAACAGCUCGAGGUGCAGCAAGAGUCGCAGUCAGAAGUCACUCGUCGUUAGUGAUCAAAGUCUACAAGGUGCAACUUUUCUACCACAACAGCCGCUUCAGUAUGAACAGCAACAACAACAACAACAACAACAACAACAAUUAGCUGCGGAGACGCAACCCACAGCUGCAACUGAGGCUACUUUUGAUGUAGACGAGACUUCAUCUACCGUAUCAUCGGCCCCAUCUUCUAUAUUAUCAGACAUUGCACAAAGCUCAUUCGAUGCAUUCGCCACAUCAUCAAAUCAAGCACACCACAAACCAUACCAAGCAACUAACCAAUAUGAAUUUAAUGAUUAUGAUGAUGAGAUGGAAAGCGUGAUAUCAUUUGACUCGAUGUUGGGCUCAAACGAGAUUGAAUUGGAAGAUGAAGAUGUCACUUACUAUACCCCCUUGAAUUAUAACUACAUGUAUAAAGACAACAAUAAGAAUGGAGAUGAUAGUGGUCAGUUUGACUACAACUUUGAUUACAGCUAUGGAGAGAUGGACCAAGACGAGUGUGUUGCCAGUACUAAAUACAUUCAAGCAGAAGCAGCUUAA